UCCCUUGCUCUUCAAAGCACACGAGAAGACCCUCUCCACAUUCUCUUUUUUCUUUUUUACAUAUAAAUAUGAAUCCGCUCCAAUUAGGCAGACUGUCCAAAUUCUUGCAGAUUAGCCGGCCUCGACAAUUGUUCUUGAUUGAACUCCCUCUAAAACAAAUUCAUAUUUGAAAUCUGUCGAUUAUUACCAUUAGAGUUCCCGAAAAGCCACGCACUUUCUCUAACUGGGCUGAGUUCAUUUACCUUCUUCAUCCGUGCAGCUCUGCUUUCUCUUCCUCCUUUUCCUUUUGUAGUAUAACUCUUGCUAAAGAAUUAAUUUCAACACUUCCUAUGUUUUCUUAGUCGCCAGGACAGGGCAGCCCCUAGUAACACAAUAGGCUGGGAUUUAUGUGCAUUCUUCCGGAAUAUGCGACCGGGCAUCUUGAAUUUUCUGGUCGGAUUGCUCAGCUUUUACAGGUCCAUGGGGUCUCUAAUUUAGGUGGCUCUUCUCCUGGCCGGAACCCAAUUGCUGAUGGCAGUGAAACCGUUUAUUGUGCAUUUGGAAAGCAUGGGUUUUGGCGACAAAUGUUUGUGGCGGGUAAAUUUUGAUGCUGAUAAAGUAUUCAGGAGCAUUACUGGCAGAAAUCCAAGGUUUUGUAACUUUCUUCCAUCAAAUAUUAUAAUAUCAUCUGUUCGUUCUAGGCACAAGUUUUCAGAGAAGUUGUUGAAGGGUCUUGAUGGUAACAAAAAGGAAUCUGUGUUGAUGGGUUACAGUUGUCUUGCUGAUUUGAUUGGAAAUCAUAAAUUUAAAGAAAAGCUCCUAGAAGGAAAUGUUAAUUCAGAUUCCACCUUGAUAUGCAAGAGAUUCCCCUCCAUUACACUGGGUUGCUUCCCAACUGUGGAAUUGUACAAUGGACCUACAUGCUAUUCUCAAACAACAGAAUUGUUGGAGCCUCAAGUUCUUGAAGAUGUGAGCAGCACUUGUGUUAGGAAUGACGUAGUUGAUAAGCCUACAAUGUAUUCUCAGUCAGCUGACUGCAUGAAAGAGACAAGAACCAAGUCCGAAGUGAUGACAGAUAAAUUUCGUAGUGAUGCCGUGUCGGUUAACCAACAAACUGCUAUGACUGUGGCAGAAAUCCUUGAUGGGCACAUCCGUGGCAUGAAUGGGUUGACUAAGCGCCAGCUCCAUCUACUGGAAAAUUGUGGUUUUUACACAUUGAGGAAAUUGCUGCAUCAUUUCCCGCGGACAUAUGCUGAUCUGCAGAAUGCUGAGAUGGAAAUUAAUGAUGGGCAAUAUUUGAUCUUUGUUGGGAAAAUAGUAUCAUCCAGGGGAAUACGGACACGUGGCUCAUUUGCCUUUCUUGAGGUAGUUGUGGCUUGCGAGGUUCCAUCUUCUGUCUCAAAUUCUCAGCCUGUGGUUGAUGAAGUUGAAGAUAAAAAGAAAAGAAUUAUAUAUUUGCAUCUAAAGAAAUUUUUUCGUGGUAUUCGCUUCACAUGUCCACCAUUUCUUAAAAGUAUGCAAGAAAAGCACAAAGAAGGAGAUAUUGCUUGUGUUAGUGGCAAGGUGCGUACAUUGCCUAGUAAGGAUCACUUUGAAAUGAGGGAGUACAACAUUGAUCUACUGAAAGACAAAGAUGACACUUGUGCUAGUGCUAAAGGAAGGCCGUAUCCCAUAUACCCUUCUAAGAAAGGCGUUAACCCUGAGAUUCUCAGGGAUUUAAUAUCAAGGGCUUUAAAAACACUGCCUGACAAUCUUGACCCUCUCCCUAAGGAUGUUACAAAGGAUUUUGAACUUCUAUCCCUUUCUGAUGCCUAUAUUGGAAUUCACCAGCCAACUAAUCUGAAUGAGGCUGACUUAGCUCGCAAAAGACUCAUAUUUGAUGAGUUCUUUUAUAUUCAGUUGCGAAGAUUAUUCCAAAUGCUUGAGGGUCUUGGCACAAAACUAGAGAAAGAUGGUUUGCUUAAUAGAUACAAGAAACCUGAGUUGAACACAGUGUUUAUGAAGGACUGGUCUAAUAUCACAAAAAAAUUCAUGAAGGCUCUUCCAUUUACACUCACAUCGAGUCAGCUAUGUGCCAUUUCAGAAAUCAUAUGGGAUCUGAAAAGACCAGUUCCAAUGAAUAGGCUGUUACAGGGUGAUGUUGGAUGCGGUAAGACUGUAGUUGCUUUUCUAUCCUGCAUGGAGGUAAUUGGCUCCGGUUAUCAGGCUGCUUUUAUGGUUCCCACUGAGCUUCUAGCUAUUCAGCAUUAUGAACAGCUACUGGGCUUGUUAGGGAACUUUCAAGAUGCAAAUGAGAAACCUUCUGUUGCUCUUUUAACGGGCUCUACCCCAACAAAGCAAGCACAACUGGUACGGAAGGGUCUCCGAAAUGGAGAGAUCUCUAUGGUCAUUGGAACUCAUACUUUAAUAUCAGAAAAGGUGGAGUUUUCAGCUUUACGCAUUGCUAUUGUAGAUGAGCAACACCGCUUUGGUGUUAUUCAAAGAGGACGCUUCAACAGCAAGUUAUAUUUUAACAGCAUAACAUCCCAGUUGAUGUCAUCUAGUUCAAAUAACUCCCUGAAAAGGGAUGUUUCGAUGGCUCCACAUGUUCUGGCAAUGUCAGCCACACCAAUUCCAAGGUCACUGGCUCUGGCUUUGUAUGGUGACAUGUCCUUGACUCAAAUAACUGAUUUGCCGCCUGGAAGAACACCUGUUGAGACACAUGUUAUUGAAGGAGAUGACAUUGGGAUGGAGAGGACUUUCAAGAUGAUGUUGAAGGAAUUAAGAACAGGGGGGAAAGUGUAUGUUGUGUAUCCUGUAAUUGAACAAUCUGCGCAACUACCUCAACUUCGUGCUGCUUCAUCUGAUCUUGUAACAAUUUCUGCUAAGUUUCCUGGUUAUAAAUGCGGAUUGUUGCAUGGUAGAAUGAGAAGCGACGAGAAGGGAGAAGCACUGAGGCUGUUUAGAUCUGGGGAAAUAAAUAUAUUGCUGGCCACACAAGUAAUUGAGAUAGGGGUCGAUGUGCCAGAUGCAUCUAUGAUGGUUGUGAUGAAUGCUGAGAGAUUUGGCAUGGCGCAACUACAUCAGCUUCGCGGUAGAGUUGGGCGUGGAGAAAGGGAGUCCAAGUGUAUAUUUUUAGCCUCAACAACAUCUAGUCUGAAGCGACUGAAGAUACUAGAGAAGUCAUGUGAUGGAUUCCACCUUGCAAAUAUGGACCUCCUCCUUCGUGGGCCUGGCGACUUGCUUGGCAAAAAACAAUCAGGUCACCUGCCAGAGUUCCCUGUGGCUAGGCUAGAGGUAGAUGGGAAUAUUCUUCAGGAAGCGCAUCUGGCUGCACUGAAAGUGUUGGAAAGUUCCCAUGAUCUGGAAAAAUAUCCAGACCUGAAGGCUGAGCUUAGCAUGAGACAACCGCUUAGUCCUUUGGGAGACUAGACUAGCCCAGCACCCUCAACCCAAUCCACCUGCUGGGCAGCAGGUGGGGGCAUGGAUCAUCCUAUAGUAUCCCGUUGCUAAGGCUCCCGAUUCAGGUUUAUCAUCCAUUAUAUACACUGUGGUACUGUUGGGAUAUCGAUGAUCGAUGAUGUAUAUAUUUAUUAUAAUGGCAUUCAUUUAUAUUGUUAUUGUAAUUCCAAUAUGGAUGGAAACAACAUCGGAGCGAGAGCAGAGCAGCUAGCCGUUCAGUGAGUCAACUUGAGUGGCCUCAUCAUAGCAUUAUCCUCGUGAUCCAGAAUCUGCAAGAUUACCAACCACGUCACUAGUGUAGGUGUAGUGGAGGAUAUGAUAUCAUACUUCUGUACUGCAAUUUAGAAGUAGCUAGCUAGCUUUGCUUACAUGACAAUGGUAGACGUAGCCUGGUUCGGCUGUUGCGUCGAAAGUGUAGGAAGAAUUGGAAUGGAUAUGUGAGAACCUUACUAGUAUUUUCGUCA